ACGAAGGGUAUUUCCGUAACCCGAACGCUAUAAAUUCCUCUCCACCAUUUCUUCCCGAAUCUCAUUUCUCAUCAUCCUCUGCAAAUUCCAUCUCUCUGAUGGCAGACUCCAAUUCCCAAACCCUAGCCCCACCAUCCAAUUGCUCCCAAUCCUCAGAAGCUCCAAUCGAUGGCAACGUCCUCGUUGCCCGUUCCCUUGCCCUCGCCGGCAUCGAUCGCAUGUUCGGUGUUGUCGGCAUCCCUGUCACAUCCCUUGCCACACGCUCCGUCGCCCUCGGCAUCCGCUUCCUCGCCUUCCACAACGAGCAGUCUGCUGGCUAUGCCGCAUCUGCCUACGGCUACCUCACCGGCCGCCCGGGCAUUCUCCUCACUGUCUCUGGGCCCGGAUGCGUUCACGGCCUCGCUGGCCUCUCCAAUGCUGCGGCCAACGCCUGGCCGAUGGUUAUGAUCUCCGGCUCGUGUGAUCAGAAGGACUUUGGGAAGGGCGACUUCCAGGAGCUUGAUCAGAUUGGGGCGGUAAAACCCUUUUCGAAACUGUCUGUGAAAGCGAAGGAUAUUACGGAAAUACCCCAUCUUGUAUUCGAAGUGGUUCGUUGCGCUGUGUCGGGGCGCCCUGGCGGGUGUUAUCUCGAUCUUCCAACGGAUGUUCUCCACCAGACGGUUACUGAAUCCGAAGCUGCUAAAAUCUUGGCUGCUGCUGCGUCAUCUGAAAGUGUGGGACCAGAAACCUCAGAACCAGUAGAAAUUGGGAAAGCAGUUGAUUUGCUCAGACACGCGGAACGGCCAUUGAUUGUAUUUGGAAAGGGGGCUGCUUUUUCACGAGCUGAAAAUGAGCUUAAGAAGUUGAUAGAAAAGACGGGGAUUCCGUUCCUGCCGACACCGAUGGGAAAAGGCUUGGUGUCUGACACGCAUGAGCUUGCAGCAACAGCUGCGCGGUCACUCGCAAUUGGCCGCUGUGAUGUUGCUCUUGUUGUUGGGGCCCGGUUAAACUGGCUGCUGCAUUUUGGAGAGCCACCGAAAUGGUCGAAAGAUGUGAAAUUUAUACUGGUUGACAUCUCAAAGGAAGAGAUUGAGCUUCGGAAACCGCAUCUGGGUUUGGUUGGGGAUGCGAAGAGGAUUUUGGGUUUGAUGAAUGAGGAGAUUAAGGACAAUCCUUUCUGUUUCGGAAAAUCACAUCAGUGGGUUGAGGCAAUUUCGAAGAAGGCGAAAGAUAAUGUUGGGAAGAUGGAAAUUCAGCUGGCGAAGGAUGUAGUGCCAUUUAAUUUCUUUACGCCGAUGAGGAUUAUAAGGGAUGCGAUUCUUGCAGAGGGGAGCCCGGCACCUAUUUUGGUUUCGGAGGGUGCCAAUACGAUGGAUGUGGGGCGGGGUGUGCUGGUUCAGACUGAGCCGAGGACGCGGUUGGAUGCAGGGACUUGGGGAACAAUGGGGGUUGGUCUGGGUUACUGCAUUGCUGCUGCAGUGGCAUCGCCUGAUCGGCUCGUGGUUGCUGUUGAAGGGGAUUCUGGAUUCACGUUCAGCGCCAUAGAAGUCGAGACUUUGGUGAGAUACCAGUUAGCAGUGGUUGUGAUUGUCUUUAACAAUGGUGGUGUAUAUGGUGGUGACCGGAGGAACCCUGAAGAAAUUACAGGGCCUUACAAAGAAGACCCUGCACCAACUUCUUUUGUCCCAGGUGCAGCUUAUCAUACCUUAAUGGAAGCUUUUGGAGGAAAAGGUUAUCUUGUUGGGACACCACAAGAGCUCAAGUCCGCUCUCACUGAAUCAUUUUCUGCACGGAAACCUGCAGUUAUAAAUGUUACCAUCGAUCCUUAUGCUGGUGCUGAAAGCGGCAGAAUGCAGCACAAGAACUGAGGUAUCUCAGUGCCUCUUUAGGAUUGAGCUUCACGCAUGAUGAGUCUGAUGGGUUUUGUGACAUACUUCAAUAACUCCCAAACGGUUUGAUGCUAGCAUGCAAUAGCUGUUAAUAUACUGGUCCAUAUCAGGAGAUUGUUAUGUUGUUUGAAUAAGUCCUUAAACGCUGAGAGUGACACGUUGUAUUUAUAUCAUUAUCAUGUCAAAGUCAAUGAAGUUAGAAUUUUGGAAUAUCA